UUUUGGCUGUCCUAACUCACUCUGUAGACCAGGCUGGCCUCAAACUCAUAGAGAUCUACCUGCCUCUUCCUCCUGAGUGCUGGGAUUAAAGGCGUAAGCUACCAUGCCGGGCUAAAUUUUUUAUAUGUGUGUAUUUGUGUAGGAGUGAAGGAAAUAGAUACUAGCACAUAAGAAAAAGGGCCUAUAAGAAGGGGAAAAUUAUUUUUAAAUAAAAAAUUACCCUAUAAUUAAAUCUCAGUAAAUGUUAUCUAUGCUAUAUUUAAAAACUAAAAUGUAAUUAUUAGUUAACAUUAACAUUUAUAAAUCUUAUUUUAAAGUUUUGAUUAUGCUGUUCAAAUUCACUUCUUGUUAUAGUUCUCCUCUGACUAGCAAGGUUUCUGAAAAUGCCCAGAUAUUCUGGGUUUGUUAAUUACCUUAAAAAGGGGACUUCGUGGGGUUUCACUUUCUGCUGUGGCUUCUCACAUAGAAACGAAAAAGGGGGAAGAGGUGAUGGGAUAAAACAAUAACAAAAAAGGCAGGUUCUCCCUCUAUCCCUGGCUGGUCUUGAACUAACUGUGUUGCCCGUGCUGGCCUUAUAUUCAGACAUCAUAACCUGUCUUUGCCUUCUGGGUGCAGGGAUUAAAGGUAUACUCCACCAUGCUCAGCCAAAUUUUAUUUUUAUUUUGAUGUUUUUCAUUUUUUUAUUAGUUUUCAUCAUGUAAAUUUAAAUCAUUUGUUUGUUUUGUUGUUGUUUGAGGCAGGGUCUCUCUGAGUAGUCCUGGCUGUCUUGGAAUAUGCUGUCUGGACCAGACUGACCUCAAACUCACAGAGAUCCUUCUGUAUCUGUCUUCCUAGGGUUGGGAUGGGAUAAAGAGUGUAUAGUACCACAUCCAGCCUACAUCUUCUGAUUUUUUUUUAAUUGAAAUAUUUUAGAUUUAGCUUUGGGACACAGGUAGGGUGUGGACAGGCCUUGGCUGGCUUCAAACUCCUUGAAUUAUUUUCUUGACUUCACUCCACAAGUGCUAGAAUCAUAGGCAUGAACUACCAAAUCCAGCUGAAAUUUCUUUUUGUUUUAAAGUAAACUUUAUUGUGCUUCUUGAUCACUUUGUAUUUGGGAAAAUGUUCUAUGUGAAUUAUGAUAUUAUGGGGCAAUAGAGAUGGCUUAGAAGCUAAGGGCACUGACUGCUGUUGAAGAGGGCACAAGCCUGUAUAUGGUGUGCAUAUGUGGAGAUCAGAAGGAGCUUGGGUAUUGAAUUUAGGUCAUCAGCCUUGACUGCUGGGCAUCUCACCAGUUCUUUGUGAUAGUUUCUAAAUUGUGUACGACUUUGAAAUGACAUCCCUUCUAUCACAGAGGUUUUUAUCAAAAUUAUAUUCUCUAUAGACAAUAUUCAGUAUUAUGAAUUAACUAUAUUAUGUCUAAUUACUGGAUUUCUCUACUGUUUUGCAAGGUCUGAUAUGCCGAGCAUUGCCCAGAGGGAGCCCUCAUUCUGACCUCAAAGAAAGGACUGUCCUCUCUGGUUCCAUAAUGCAGGGCACACCAAGAGCAACAACCGAUAGCUUUGAAGACGGCCUUAAAUAUCCCAAACAGAUUAAAAGGGAAAGCCCUCCUAUCCGAGCAUUUGAAGGCGCCAUUACCAAAGGAAAACCAUAUGAUGGUAUCACUACCAUCAAAGAAAUGGGGCGUUCUAUUCAUGAGAUUCCACGACAAGAUAUUCUAACUCAGGAAAGCCGAAAAACUCCAGAAGUGGUCCAGAGCACAAGGCCAAUAAUUGAGGGUUCCAUUUCCCAGGGCACGCCAAUAAAAUAUGACAACAACUCAGGUCAAUCAGCUAUCAAACAUAAUGUGAAGUCCUUAAUCACAGGGCCUAGCAAACUACCCCGUGGAAUGCUGGAAAUUGUACCAGAGAACAUAAAAGUAGUAGAACGGGGAAAAUAUGAGGAUGUGAAAGCCGGUGAGCCUGUGCGUCCCCGGCACACGUCAGUGGUGAGCUCUGGCCCCUCCGUUCUCAGGUCUACACUUCAUGAAGCUCCCAAAGCACAGCUGAGCCCGGGAAUCUAUGAUGACACCAGUGCUCGCAGGACCCCUGUGAGUUACCAAAGCACCAUAUCCAGAGGCUCACCCAUGAUGAGCAGAACUUCCGAUGGUAUGACUUUUGUUGAAACAUUUUUUUACCUUUUACAAAUUGAAAAAUACCAAAUAAUUUGCUCUAGAUUAGAUCCACAGGUUUUAGGACUAGGGAAAUAGCUCACUCAGCAAAAA